UCAUUGGUUGCAAACGAAUGUAAGUUCAGGUCGCGGUUGCCUCCCUUGAAAUGAUCAUCCGGGCCUCUGCCCUCCAUGUUGCACGAAGGACAACACAAACCGAAGUAGAGAUGUUGUCCUCACUUGCGGUUAGAUCGGGUGCUUUCAGCACCAUUGUCAGACUUCAAUCACCCAGGACACUGGUAGCAGGUGUUCAGAGCAGACAGCAGAGCAGCGCCACUAAACAGAUUGAGAACUGGGACAAAGCUAAUGAAAUUUUCUAUGGGCCAGAGCGAGAUAAGGUCAAUUUCCCCCAUCCAGUCCAGCCAGAAGUCAGUGCCAAGGUCAGGUUAGGCUUCAUCCCAGAAGGAGUUUUCCAGUUCUUCUACCCCAAGACUGGUGUUACAGGACCCUACCUUUUCGGCACUGGUUUGAUUGCCUACUUACUUUCAAAGGAAGUAUGGGUUGUUGACCACAACUUUGCAGAGGUUCUUGGAUUCUGGGCAGCAUUCUACAUCCUUAACAGGAAACUAGGACCAAGACUUGGCAAAUACAUUGAUGAGAGAAAUGCGGUGGCCGCUGAGGAACGUUUCGUCAAGCCCGUCACAGAAGCAAAGAAGGUGUACGAAGAUGUCAUCACUGCCAGCGAGAAGACCAUCUGGCAGGAAGAGGGACAGAAGUACAUCUUCCAGGCUAAAAGGGAGAAUGUUGACCUCCAGCUUGAAUCCAUUUACAGACAGAGACUGAAGACAGUCUACGAUGAGGUCAAGAAGAGGCUGGACUACCAGCUGGAGCUGCAGUCGACCAAGAGGAGGUUUGAACAAGAGCACAUGGUCCGCUGGAUUGUAGAUAGCGUCACAAAGAGUAUCACACCUCAGCAGGAGAAGGAGAGUAUUUCAAAAUGCAUCGCUGAUUUACGGGGACUGGCCAAGGCAUAACCAUCAGCUUCUGUUUAGUGUGAAGUGAAUAUGUUGUCAAGUUGACUGAAGCCAUGUAUAAACAACGUCAAUCUUGCUCUGACUAGUUGUAAAUUAUAAAACACUACACUAGGAAUUGUUACCUUACAAACCAUGAAAAAAAUAAAACCUAUUCAUGUCUUA